AUGGAGUAUUGUGCAGGGGGAGACCUUCGCAUUUGGUUAGACAGCUUGGCACAGGCAUCUGAGCGGCUGCCAGAAGACUCGGUCUUGCACCUCUUCUCCCAAAUGCUGAAAGGAGUCGAGUAUGUUCACUCCUGCCAUAUCUUGCACCGAGACCUGAAGACAUCCAAUAUGCUUCUUGACGUGGACCACCGCAUUGUCAAGGUGGGCGAUUUCGGGAUCGCCCGAGUGUUGGAAAGUACCACGGCGGUAGCGGUCACAAUGCUUGGCACGCCAUACUACAUGUCGCCUGAGGCAUUUCGGCUCUUUGUUUUCGCACCCCACUUCUUGCCGUUCGCUUCGGUCGCGAUCGAUCGAACAGUCGCGAUGGACGUCCUGGUGGUGGGUGGCGGUGGCCGGGAGCACGCCAUCGCGGUGAAGCUCCGAGAGUCCCCGAAGGAGCGAAUGACCAACUUGCCCAUUGGUGAUAGCGAUGUGGCGGCGCUGGUGGCUGCAGCCGAGGAAAGAAGGUUGCCUUGGUUUUUUGUUGGGCCUGAAGCGCCGCUCUGUGCGGGUCUAGCAGAUGCCUUGAAUGCAAAGGGAGUGCCUUGCUUCGGGCCUAGCAAGCUGGCCGCUGAACUUGAGGCAUCGAAAGCCUUUAGCAAGGACUUCUUCGCCAAGUACAAGCUUCCAACAGCAAGCUACAGGACAUUCAAAACCGGCGAACACGAAGCCGCACUGAAAUAUGUCGAGGAAGAGUACGGAGCAGGGCGGGAGUUGGUUGUUAAGGCCAGUGGACUUGCAGCUGGAAAAGGCGUGCUGAUGCCGCAAUCGGUGGAGGAGGCUAAGGAGGCUGUGAAGGAGGUCAUGGUUAACAAAGUCUUCGGAGCGGCGGGUGAUGAGCUUGUUGUGGAGCAACUGCUCGUGGGAGAGGAGUGCAGCUGCAUGGCCUUCUCUGAUGGUCAAACUGCAGCCAUGAUGGUCGCUGCACAGGACCACAAGCGAGUAGAUGACAAUGACCAGGGGCCAAACACUGGCGGCAUGGGUGCCUAUGCCCCGGCUCCAUGUCUCACGGAUGACCUGAAGCCUUUUGUGAAGGAGGUGCUUCAGCGCACUGUGGAAGCCUUGGCCGCUGAGGGGCGGAAAUACGUGGGUGUGCUCUAUGGGGGCUUCAUGCUCACCAAGGAUGGUCCCAUGCUGCUGGAGUACAACUGCCGCUUUGGAGAUCCGGAAACGCAGGUCCUGCUGCCAUUGCUGGACUCAGACCUCUUUGAGAUAGCCCUUGGUUGUGCCGAAGGCAAUCUGAAAGCUCGAGUACCGGAGGUGAGAUGGAAGCCUGGUGCAGCAGCCACGGUGGUUUGUGCUGCCAAGGGUUAUCCGGGCUCCUACCCUAAGGGCCUGCCUAUCACUGGUAUUCCUGAAGCAGAUGCAGUUGAAGGUGUGAAGGUUUAUCACGCUGGAACGAAGCAGGACGCAUCUGGCUUGGCGAGCACUGGAGGCGGGAAAACGACCAUUCUGAUGCAAUAUGGCUAG